UGUUCUCAAAUGAGUCGUGAAGCAUGCUAACCUAGCAGUUUAAAGAUUCAAAAUUACAAAUGUGUGUGAGCUUUAGCUGUGUUGGUUAGAGAUACAAGCAGCGUACUCUGAGAUGACCUAAGGAAGCGCUAGCUUUUGCGUAUUGGUGGAACAUAACGAGUACCGGAAGAUGAUAGAACCAGAGAUACUCACUGAGGUCCCUGCAGCACUGAAGCGGCUAGCCAAGCAGGUAGUGAGGGGUUUCUAUGGAGUGGAACAUGCCUUGGCCCUGGACGUGCUCAUUCGCAACCCCUGUGUACGUGAGGAGGACAUGCUGGAGCUGCUCAAGUUUGAUCGUAAACAGUUGCGCUCAGUACUCAACACCCUGAAGGCAGACAAGUUUGUCAAGUGUCGCAUGAGAGUGGAGACGGCCCCUGAUGGCAAGACCACGCGGCACAAUUACUACUUCAUCAACUACAGGGUACUGGUCAACGUGGUCAAGUAUAAAUUGGAUCACAUUCGACGGCGCAUCGAGACAGAUGAGAGAGACUCCACCAACCGUGCCUCCUUCCGCUGCCCUUGCUGCUUCUCCACCUUCACCGACCUAGAGGCCAACCAGCUGUUUGACCCCAUGACAGGUAAACAUUGA